AUGAGACUGAGCAAUGUAAUGCGAGAUAUAAUCGGUUGCAGCCAAGCUGCGUUUGUCCCAAGCCAACAAAUUUAUAGCCAUAUCCUUUUGGCAUAUGAGCUAAUUAAAGGUUAUAGUAGGAAGGGAGGGACGCCUAGACGUAUGAUCCAAUUGGAUUUGCAAAAAGCUUACGAUAUGGUGGAUUGGAGAGCUUUGGAAUCUAUUAUAAUUGAGACUGGGAUGCCAACAAAAUUUGUAAGAUGGAUUAUGCUUGCUGUUUCCACGGUCUCCUAUAGAUUCAAUGUCAAUGGGGAAUAUAGUCACAUCAUGAAGACUAACAGAGGCGUGAGGCAGGGGGAUCCCAUAUCCCCUUAUCUGUUUGUGAUUAUAAUGGAAUAUCUCGAUAGGGUGUUGUACAAGAUGCAAAAGAAUCAUGAUUUCAACCACCAUGUGAAGUGUGAAAACUGA